CCAGUACCCGCUUUUAAACGUGCUAGAUUGUUGGCAAAGUCUGCCACAUUUCGCUGCCAAUCAUCAGGUUAGACGUACAUAAGUAAGGUGGGUUUAGCAAUGUUUAGUACACACAAUUUGUUGAUUUUUUACGCGAUUUUGUUGACCCGUGACAAGGUUUAUUGUGCCGAAAAUCACGCGUUUUUCGUCGGUGAAGAGCCGGGAAAUCGAACUUGUGUAGCCCAUCAAAGUGAGGAAUUUGAUAAUGGAGUUUUACAAGAAUUUCGAAAAAGCAGCAGCCAAACAAACGACGAUAUUCUAACGCGCCUCAUUCCGAUGCUUGCAACACCUUUCCUCAUCCAGACAACAUUCCUGCCCAUGAUGCUGUUGGGAAUCAAGCUGAUGCUGAUCCAGAGCAUAGUUUUAGGAAAGUUUGCCAUCAUAUUUUGGCUGGUGAAUUUGCUCAGAUGGAGGCUGAAAGACCAGCACGGGCAAUUUUAUAGUCACAAUGUUCACAUCCGGCAUGGAUCGUAACUAGGAAUUCUUCUGAGAAAAAAAUUAGUGUAAAUACUAAUCGUCGAGUCAAUAUUUGUGUGUGUGUGUGUGUGUGUGUGUGUGUGU